CAGAUCAGCUGUAGAGCUGCCUCUACAACCAUGUUUGCUACAAUUCACAUAAUGGCUAGCUCAAGGUUACCCGCGGCAGCGCUUACAUUAAAACAGUUUCUACAGAGGCAGAAAGUGUUGAGUCUCUACAGAAACAUGAUGAGGACCAUCAGACAAGUGCCAGACGAGGGAGACCGAAAAUACCUGAGGGAUUGGGCGAGAGAUGAGUUCAAGAGGAAUAAAAAUACCACAAAUCAGGACGCCAUCCGAAUGAUGAUCACACAGGCAAACAUGCAUCAUGAUGAGCUACAGUCAUCCCUUGCAUUGGCUAACGUUAAGAAAUAAUUUCACCUGUGUGGGACUGAGGUAAUCAACCCAUUUAAAUGCUGGAAGUGAAUCCCAGAGGCUUUGUUAUGCUGCCUCAAAUGGACUGUGGAUUGGCAGCAUGAAAGCCAUAGGAAUCAGUACACCACUUACUGUAGAAGCACCUUGGCAUUUGGCCAGACCAGCUCGUUGCCGUUCUUAUCGAUGUAUUCCUAAAACUGCUAGUGUCUGGUACAUAAUGGGAUUUGGACCAUAUGAGAUCUGUCAUGGGGAGUCCCAUAUCAGAUGGUUGCCAUCAACAUGUCCAUGUCGAGCAGUGGUGACGCUUUCAGAACGCCAGCUGUGAUUCAAUUUUGAGGAAAGCUGCGAGAGCCAUGUGUGAUAUGCCAUUUGCAAUCAUGUCUGACAUAAUAAUACCAUGGGGCUCAUGUUGGGCUAUUGUAAAGUUGUUUGUGUCCAGAUGACCCUCAUGAAAUAUGUUAUGUACAUGUUGAACAUAAAACAAAAAUACAUUCUGUA